CUGUCAGAGUUGUCCGUUCGGUUAGGCCGCAGGACGAGUUGUCUCCGUAGAAAAGUCUAUGGUGGUAGUAGUAGCUCGCGACUCUUUACCGUGAUCAUUUUUCCUCUGUCUUUCGACGACUUUUCGCGCACAAUCAAUAACCGAUAAACGUGCGUCUGUUACGCGCCACUGUGUUACACGUGCACGCGUAUGCAUCGCUGGUACACGUGUCCCGUCAUCGUUGACAGGUGUAAACCGUCCUAGUGUUGUUUUCAUUCGUCCUGUACUCUCGUGAUUCGGUGAUAAACAAAAGGUUGGUGAACGACGAAGGUCCUCGUACGACGCGCACGAAUCGAUGCGACCUGGAUCACGAAUAAUCGUCGACCGUACCUGCGAAUACAUCAGUGUGAUAUGUGAACUGGAUAACGACACUUUCCACGGGUUAUCUCGCUCCUGCGUCGCCUCCACGUCGUGACAACUUCCCUCGUAACAGAGCCGAGGAGGAUAAGACUCGUAAAGAGUGGCUGAGGCUGUACAAUCGGAGGUACUUCGUGACCCGGGCAUGGUCUUAGGGACGACGGCGGGGCGAUGACGCUCUACCACCGUCCUUCGUCAUCGUCAGGAGUCCCUCAGGACUCAUCCUGUCUCCCGGACCUGUUCCCGACUUCGGUCUCGAUCCUAGUUUCCAACAACGAACGUUGCUGGUGCCAUUCAGCCAGCAAACUAGCAAAGACGAACGCGGAUAACGCGUUCGCCAAGAGGCAUGAAAGAUCGACCUCAUCGACCUUAUCGAGAUCAUCACGGACAGGCGAUGCCCCUCGAAGAGGUUCAAGGAUUGCUACUUCCACCUUCCAGAACAGGUAACCGGGGACCUCUGAAUGUGACAAUUGUACAGGUCGGGAAAGGAAAUGGGGGCGGUGGAGAUGGCGGAAGUGAUUUACUGAGAUUGGAACCACCAUCGGAUUUAAGGCCAACUCCGUCGCCCUUAUCCGAUACCAGUGUCACACUACAGUCUGACAACAAUGAUACCUUUAGUGGAGGUGUCGAUCCACGAUUACUGUUGGGUGCUAGCACCGGUGGCGAUCGUAGCACGUGGGAGGGUCGUUACCACGUGAAAGAACAUCGACGUGCAGGAAAAGCUACCUUCCAGGGUCAAGUUUACAAUUUCCUGGAGCGACCAACCGGCUGGAAGUGCUUCCUCUACCACUUCUCUGUGUAA